AUGCAAAGCAAUUUCAACCUUCACACUAAUAAUAAACAUAUUUUCGUUCGAAUUUGUGUGGUUUUAAUUAUUUUAAAUUGGCUAGGGGGAACACGUGUGCAUGCAACAUGCACACAUUCUGGCUCCGCCUACGAGAACCGCCGGGUGGUACCCUCGCGUUCGACAGUCAGAGACCAUCUACCACCAACGGACAAUCACAACAUCCAUAGCCAAGAGAAAAAUUUCUCCUGGGACGGGACUCGAACGCGCACAGCGCACGGCGACUGAUCAGGAGACCGAAGAGUCUACUACUGCGGCCACCGCUGCUGCCUAGAGUUAUCAGAUCUCUGCAUUUAUUCAUCAUGCCACGCCACAAGAUAGCUUUAUUUAACAGAUCUUUCACAUUUAACGCAUGUUAACGUGUCCAGCCUACUUUGACGGUUGGUCUUGCUGGC